GCUGGCUGGCUGCAGGUGUCCUCCUGUACUUUCCGAGGCUUAGCCCAGAAAGUGGAGCUGCGGCGAAAUCCAGCUACGAAGCGUAGCGGCGUAGAAACCACGGCAGGCAGGUGAAAGGAGCAGAGUCCGGAUCCUUGGUGUAUGACAGACAUAAAGAACUGAAAAUAAUUGGUGUGGCAAUCAAGAUGGAAAAUAACAUAACAACAAUUUCUCGAGAGGAACUAGAAGAACUAAAAGAAGCAUUCAGUAAAAUAGACAUUGACAAUAGUGGAUAUGUCAGUGAUUAUGAACUUCAAGAUCUUUUCAAAGAAGCAAGUCUUCCAUUACCUGGCUAUAAAGUCCGUGAAAUUGUGGAAAAAAUUAUAGCAGUGACAGAUAGUAACAAGGAUGGCAAAAUCAACUUUGAAGAAUUUGUAUCAGUAAUUCAGGAAUUGAAAAGUAAAGAUAUUAGCAAAUCAUUUCGAAAAUCCAUAAACAAAAAACUGGGGAUUACUGCAAUUGGAGGAACAUCAUCCAUUUCCAGUGAGGGGACUCAGCAUUCUUACUCAGAAGAAGAAAAGGUUGCAUUUGUUAACUGGAUAAAUAAAGCUCUUAAAGAUGACCCUGACUGCAAACAUUGUCUCCCUAUGGAUCCAUCAGAUGACAGCCUUUUUAAUUCACUUGCUGAUGGUAUCCUUCUUUGCAAAAUGAUUAAUUUAUCUCAGCCAGAUACAAUUGAUGAAAGAGCUAUUAAUAAGAAGAAGCUUACUGCAUUCACUGUAUCUGAAAAUCUAGAUCUAGCACUAAAUUCUGCAUCAGCUAUUGGCUGUACAGUAGUUAACAUUGGAUCGCAAGAUCUAAAAGACGGGAAGCCACAUUUGGUGUUAGGACUAUUGUGGCAAAUCAUUAAAGUUGGGCUUUUUUCUGAUAUAGAAAUCUCCAGAAAUGAAGCUCUUAUUGGUUUGCUAAAUGAUGGGGAAGAAUUAGAGCAAUUAAUGAAAUUGUCUCCAGAAGAACUCCUGCUACGCUGGGUUAACUACCAUCUGGAUAAUGCUGGCUGGAAGAAAAUAAGCAACUUUAGUCAAGACAUUAAGGACUCAAGAGCUUACUAUCAUCUGCUGAAUCAAAUUGCACCCAAAGGAGGCAACGAUGGAGAAGCAGCUAUUGCCAUUGAUCUUUCAGGCCUUAAUGAGCCAAAUGAUUUGAGGAGGGCUGAAUAUAUGCUUCAACAAGCAGAUAAAUUGGGUUGCAGACAGUUUGUGACUCCUACAGAUGUGGUUGCAGGCAACCCUAAACUUAAUACAGCCUUUGUUGCAAACCUCUUUAAUACAUACCCUGCCCUGCAGAAGCCUAAAAACAGUUCUUAUGAUGUUAAUUUAUUAGAAGGUGAAAGUAAGGAAGAGAGAACAUUUAGAAACUGGAUGAAUUCAUUGGGUGUAACUCCUUAUAUUAAUCACUUAUACAGUGACCUUGCUGAUGGCUUAGUAAUCUUUCAGCUCUAUGAAACAAUCCGUGUACCAGUAGAAUGGAGCCAUGUAAACAAACCACCAUAUCCUGCACUUGGGGGUAACAUGAAAAAGAUUGAAAAUUGUAACUAUGCAGUAGAACUGGGAAAGACAAAUGCCAGAUUUUCGUUGGUUGGAAUUGGUGGAAAGGAUCUCAACGAAGGCAACCCAACCUUGACCUUGGCACUAGUGUGGCAAUUAAUGAGAAGGUAUACUUUGAAUGUACUAUCAGACCUUGGAGAAGGGGAGAAAGUAAAUGACGAAACUAUCAUUAAAUGGGUGAAUCAAACUCUUGCAAAUGCAAAUAAGACCACUUCAAUAUCUAGCUUCAAGGACCGAUCUAUAAGCACUAGUUUACCCGUAUUAGAUUUAAUAGAUGCUAUUGCACCAAAAGCAGUCCGCCCAGAAAUGGUCAAGAGAGAAGAUCUAACAGAAGCAGACAAGCUAAAUAAUGCUAAAUAUGCUAUUUCAAUUGCUCGGAAAAUUGGUGCUUGUAUAUAUGCCUUACCAGAUGACUUGGUAGAAGUGAAGCCAAAAAUGGUUAUGACAGUGUUCGCAUGUUUAAUGGGAAGAGGACUAAACAAAAUAAAAUAAAGAAGACUUUUUUUUCAUUUUCUGCCAUGAUAAACACAUUGAAUGCCUCAUUGUUUACAGACUAAUGUAAAGCAGAUAAUUUAUAUGCAUAAAUGUGGAAAAGUAAAGAUAGAUUAUUUAAAAUGGUUUCUUUUUUAGUUAUCAUCUGAAAUGUGUAUUAUAACAGUAUGUGAACUAACAUUGCUAACAUGCAAUAAUUGUAGUUAACAUUACUAUGUUCAAUAGUUUUUUUUAACCUAUAUAUGAUUUAUUUUUCUCAAUGCAAAGAUUACCAAGAUUUUAGGAAAUGCUGUGAAGUCAAACAUUUUAACUGAUAAGAUAAUUGCAAUUGUUGCUGGCAUUUAUCACUUGCUAUGGUUAUAAAAUGAGAUAAUGUUUUAAAGCUGGUUUUAGUUAUUUCUGUGUUUGGAAAUUAAUAAGAAAAUAAUAAAUAAUGAGGGCCAGUGAAGUUGUAACAAAUCUUGUACUUCAACCAUGAUUUAGGUGUUGAGAAGAAAGUAACCUUACCAAAGUUACUUUCUUCCAUUAACCUGCUGGUGUAAAUUAUAGUUAACUGUUAUGUGAGUGGCUCUGUUCUUCCUAAUUUAGAUUUCUUUUUGGAAAAUGACUUCACAGAGAGAUGGUACUAACUGUAAACCUUAAGCAUUGAUGAGACUGGUGAGAGAAGAAUCAGCAAAAUUUGCUCUGGAGAGGAGAAAGCAUAUUUUGUUUCAAUCUCAAAUCCCAUGAGCAUGUUCAUGGAAUGAGACCCCUGCAUUAGCUCCAGAGUAGUAGCUUAUGUUUAUUAAAUUGUAAACUAUUUUAUAUUUCAAUUUCUCAGAAAAAGGAAUCUAUAGAGAGUAUGGUAGCAUGCUACUUUAGUUAUCCUUAUGAAACAAUCAGAGAUGUGACAAAAUGGAGAAAUUUUGAUGCAGAAGAGGAAUGUUGGUGUAUUCACAUAGCUGUGUUUGUAUGCCUCUAGUACUGCUAGGAUAACCAUUGUAUGUUAAAUGAAGGAUUUACUGUUAAUUAACUAAUCAGUUAAAUAUUGGGAAUUAAAGUGGUAACACUGAUAGUUAAAACUUA